UGCUCUGCCCGCAGGCAGGUCAGCAGCCGCCCUGGAGGAUGGACAUCAGGCCGAACCACACCAUCUACAUCAACAACAUCAAUGACAAGAUUAAGAAAGAAGAACUGAAGAGGUCCUUGUAUGCGUUAUUCUCACAGUUUGGUCAUGUGGUUGACAUUGUGGCUUUAAAGACUAUGAAGAUGAGAGGACAAGCUUUUGUUAUAUUUAAAGAACUUGGAUCGUCUACCAAUGCUCUGAGACAACUACAAGGUUUUCCGUUCUAUGGGAAACCAAUG